UCAACUUUUUAGGAGCAGUAUUUUUUUUCUUUGAAACUUAUAUGAAAGUGUCCUGCCUCUUUUAUGCCCCAUGCUUCAUCAUUAUUUAAGUAUGCAAAUUUAUGGAUCUGAACGAGUCCUACCCUACCUGUUGUUCCUGUCCUGAGUUACUCACAAUCGAUCUGAUGUUUUCUCCAUCCAAAUUCUUUUCAGUAGUUGGUUUAAUCGACUUUUCGCAGUGCCACUACUGAAUGGAACAGAAAUCAGAAAGCUUCACUUCAGAUCUGGUUAAAAACAUCUGUGAACAUGCCCACGCACAAGAGCCCGAGAGCACAGGAGUGAAUUUGGGACUAUGGCCCAGGUCACUUGUGCGGACAUGGACUCUGAUGCUGCUGUUGGUCACCUGCCUGCUCUAUUGGGCAAGAAUGGCCAUGCCAGUUUGUGCAGCUACUAUGGCGAAGCAAUUUGGAUGGAACAAGAUGGAGUCUGGAUUCGUACUGGGUGUCUUCUUUUGGGGUUACUGCUUCACACAAGUGUUAGGAGGCCAUGCCAGUGAUAAAAUUGGUGGAGAGAGAGUCCUGAUAAUAUCCACGUCUUCCUGGGCAAUUAUGACAACCAUAACUCCUCUACUGGUGAACAUGGGGUUCCCACCACUCAUCACCAUCAUACUGUCCAGGUUCUCCUUGGGUGUGCUGCAAGGUGUUCACUACCCCUCUCUAAACAGCAUCUGUGCACAGCGUGUGGCUGAGGGAGAAAGGGGCUUUUUGAUGAGUACGUUAGGCUGUGGCAGCUACCUGGGUAUGCUGAUGGUCGGGGGACUGGGGUCUGUCAUGCUGGAGUGGUAUGGCUGGGAAAGUGUGUUCUAUGGACCUGGUGUCCUCUCAAUGCUAUGGGCCUGCUGUGUAUGGAGAUGGCUACUCAGAGGACAAAUAGUCACAUUUGAUGCUUUAUGGAAUAACUCUGGGUCUGCAUCUCAAGCAACAAUUUCACAAACCUGUUGGCGUCAUCUUUUAAAGCAGCCCUGUGUGUGGGCUAUGAUUUUUGCACAUCUCUGCCACAGCAGUGCACAUUUCACACUUCUGUCAUGGCUACCAACAUUCUUCAGUGAGACAUAUCCUCAUGCGAAGGACUGGGUGUUUAAUGUGAUCCCCUGGCUCGUGGCUCUGCCUUCUUCUUUGUUGGGAGGCUGUAUGUCAGAUCAUCUCAUCAGAAAAGGUUUUGGUACAGCUACUGUCAGAAAAUUAAUGCAGUUCUGCUCAAUGGGACUCGGCAGCGUGUUCAUUUAUUUGUUGUGUAAGGCUACCACGUUUCUCCACGCUGUGGUCUUUGUCUCAGCAGCCUUUGGCCUAUCCACCUUCAAUAGCAGUGGUGUGGCUGUGAAUGUGCAUGAUUUAGCUCCAUCAUGUGCUGGAGCUCUCUUUGGUAUUAUGAACACUUGCGCUGCAUUUACAAGUCUACUAAUGGUUUACUUCUCAGGAUACCUGAUCGAGGUCACUGGGUCCUGGCUAACUGUAUUCGGCCAGCUCAUUCUGGUGAAUUUUGUUGGGGUAGCUGUAUUUAUUAUAUUUGGCGAAGCAAAGCAGGUGGACCAAGUAGAUCAGACUCCUAUGACAUGCAUCUAAAGACAGCACUGUCAUUUGAAUGCGACAUAAAAUGUAUAAAUUCCAUUUUUUGGUGUAUUUAUAUAGUCAGUAUUUUUGUAUAUUCAUUGUAAGUGCCUUAGGUUUGAAAUCUACAAAAUAUUAAAGCUAUAUUGUUUAUUAAAACAUACUGGCAUAUAAAAUAUUGUUGACUUCAGACUUCAUGCUCUUGGCUUUCCACAGGGAUCAAAUUAAACAUAACACCAUUUUAUCUACAUUACUGGGAUCUACCUAAGACUCUAGAGGGAAUAAAAUACUCAUUAGACUGAAGAUUAGAUUAGAUUAUAAUUUUAUACCUGAUUUAAAUUUCCACUGGAAGAAAGAACGAGGAAAUGGAUAUCUAAAUCGACAAAAAAGUCUCUACAUGUUGUUACGAAAACACAACCAUUUCUGUGUUGAUUAAGAUGAAUGUUUCGGAUCAUUAUCUUGUUGAAAUAUCUUAUAUUGCUAAGGGGCUGAAGCAGACAAGUUUGGGCCUCUUCACAAGAGCCCUGGGACCAGCAGCCACAAAACAGCCCCAAAACAUCAAUCAUACAACAAACACCACCAUUUUACAGCAGGUAUCAGGUACUGUUCCUUCUCCUGCAGUCCUCAUUUUUCACCACAAGAUUCAAGAUUCAAAGGUUUAUUUGUGACAUUCAUAGCACAUACAAAGGUGCAUUGAAAUAAGAUGCGGCAACUCUGAAGCAAUACAAUAAACAGACUAUACCCACAAUAUAAUGAUAGGUAUAGGGUAACUGGGAGUGCAAGACAAGCAAGAGCAUACACAAAUACACAUAGGAAAAAGUAUGUAUGUAUCUGUCUAUGUAUUUAUAUACAUAUAUCUGUCUAUGUAUUUAUACACACUCACCGUCCACUUUAGUAGGAACACCUGUACACCUACUCAUUUAUGUAGUUAUCCAAUCAGCCAUGUGGCAGCAAUAUAUAAAAUCAUCUAUAUACAGGUCAAGAGCUUCAGUUAAUGUUCACAUCAAACUUGAGAAUGGGGAAAUAGUGUGAUCUCUGUGACUUUAACCAUGACAUGGUUGUUGGUACCCGAUGGGCUGGUUUGAGUAUUUCAGAAAUUGUUGAUCUCCUGGGAUUUUCACACGCAACAGUCUCUAGAGUUUACACAGAAUGGUGCAAAAAACAAAAAACAAUGAGUGAGUGACAGUUCUGUGGGUGGAAAUAUCUUGUUGAUAAGAGGUCAGAGGAAAAUGGCCAGAUUGGUUCAAGCUGCCAGGAAGGAUAUAAUAAUUCAUAUAACCACUCACUACAACUGUGGUGAGCAGAAAAGCAUCUCAGAAUGCACAACACAUCAAACCUUGUGGUGGAUGGCCUACAACAGCAGAAGAUGAUAUUGGGUUCCACUCCUCUCAGCCAAGAACAGGAAUCUGAGGCUAUCACGGGCACAGACUCGCCGAAACUGGACAGUUGAAAAUGAGAAAAAAAAAAUCACCUGGUCUUUUUCCAGUCAUCAACGGUCAAGUUUCGGUGAGUCUAUUCCCAUGAUAGCCUUAUGUGCUGUCACAUGAUUGGCUGAUUGGAUAAAUGAGCAGGUGUACAGGUGCUCCUCUUUAAGUGGUCGGUGAGUGUAAAUAUAUAUUUAUAUACACUAAAAUGUUCAGUGCAUGUGCAAAUGUGUCAAAUGUGCCAUGUGUGACAUGUAUGAGCUUUGUGCUGGUGCUGUGUGUGUGCACAAAAUAAAGUACGUCUAUCUUUUAUUCUAUCUGUCUAGAUACUAAAAGAGAGACAAAAAGUGUUUUUGGAAGAUACUAAUAUGUUUGCAUUUAUUCAAAAUGUUAUUUAGAUAUGGCAAUUUUGCAUGUUCUCGCCUUGUUCACACUGGCUUCUUCGGUUUCCCCCAAC